CAGCUGUGCUCGCUGACUAGCAUCCGCUCAAGACGGCGAUACGCCCGCCACCGUUUCGCAAAUUUUCAAUGUGGUUGACUUCUUACUGCACAACAGGAUCCGAAAGUGGGAGGGGCGAAGGAAGUUGUGGAGGUUGUUUGUUUGUUUGUCUGUGGUUGCGCGUGCUUUCUUAUCUUCUUUCGAAGUUAGCAGUGAGGGGUUUCGGUGAUAACGCCAAGCAGUAUGUGAGGUGCGAUAGCUGUUAGUUGGAGUAAGUCGUUGGUGGAGCAGCAGACGGGGCUUCUAGGGCGUGGGAAUGGAACAUACUCUGGUUGAUAGAAUGCCUCAGUUUGUUGAAGUUGUUGAAGCGAAGUUUUGUUGUUCGAAGGUGGGACGAUUCCUUUCUCUUCGAGAGAUCUGCUGAAAUAAACAAACGGUGUUUAUCUUCGGACGGUAUGUCAAGAGUCCCUGCAGGAGGUCUGUCGUUGGUAGUCAUAUGUGCUGUGCGAUGCCUGCGGCUUACAAGUUGAGCCUGAUUCCAACGCCUGCAGCAGGAAAAUGUUGUCGAACCUGAAACCUGACAGUGUUGAAGCCCAUGGUGGAAUUUUGGCCCUCGGGGUUCUUGAACAUUUCAUCAUGAAGUCAUUCCAUUGUUGAAUUUGAAAACGGAGUAAUGCACAGUUAUGUAGUUUUCGGAUGGGGUUUCCAUUGCAGUAGUGGUACUGCUUUGCCACAUCACUGGAAAGUUCCGUGCCAAGAGCGUCGGAUGCUGUACGAACUGACUGUCCGAAUAUGCCGGAAGGUUCACAGAAAUAUCGGAAAACGAAAUUAAUUCAUAUGAGCAAGAAGUUGGAAGAUUGGACGGAGAGAAGAUCAAUUCAAGAGCUUAGAAUAACUUGUACAAGCUCUUCUGGUGCUGCAGCGCUAAUAAGGGCUAGGGUGCAGUUCAUUAAGAUGGGUUAUCUUGGGUUCAUAGUAGUUUUGGCAUUGCUGGCCCUAAAUGCGCAAGGAACGUGGGGGCAAGUUCUUGAUAUGAUAAGCAUCGACUGUGGUGCUGCUCGAAAGUACACUGACCCGGUGACAACAAUUUCAUGGACCCCUGACGAUGAGUACAUUUCCGCAGGGCAGACCGUUGCGGCUGUUCCAGUAACUGAUGGAUCAUACAGUGAAUUGGGUAGUCUACGAUAUUUCCCGGAGAAACGGGAAAAGUUUUGUUACGUAGUACCCAUCAAGCCAAAUUCUACGUACAUCAUCCGAUCCUCCUAUUGGUACGGCAACUAUGAUCAGACGAACACUCCACCAAAGUUCAACAUCGCUUUAGACUCAACAACCCUGGGUUUCGUAGACAUGAGCCAAUUUGGUGAUCAGACUCUACAAGCUGAAGUAGUUUAUCGAACGAAAGUGAGUGCUACGACUAUUUCAUAUUGUUUGUUUAAAGAUUCUACAUCUAAGGGCACACCCUUCAUAUCUUCUUUGGUAUUCAGUCAAGUGCCAGAUGGAUCAUAUGCAUAUCCGCGCACACUUGAAGGGAAUUUUAUGAUUCUUUGGCAACGACGCAAUUACGGCGGUUCUGUUUGGAUAAGGUAUCCAGAUGAUGUACUCGAUCGUCUGUGGGCACCUUGGGUCGAAUCUUCGCCAUUAACAACAAUAUCCACACUGACGCCGGUAACUGAUUCUGGUUACUUUGCAAAACCUGUAUCUAAAGUGAUGCAAACUGCCGUUACUUCUCCUACACUCUCUCCGGUUGUAUUACCAGUUAAUUCCGGCGCGAACGACGCCAGUGCCAUGGAAGCUACUCUAUAUUUUUACUUUGCUGAGUUGGACGCUUCAGCCAACGCAACUUCAAGGUCCUUCCUCCUUGAUUCUCAGCCAGCAUCUCCCACACUUAUCAACCCUUACAACGCUACGGAAGGGGCCUUCCGCUCGUCGGUGUGGGGAUAUUCGAAAUUUUCAAUGACGUCUAAUUCAGUUGUUACCAUGACUCCAGCACCCGGGUCAAUCAAUCCUCCACUGAUGAAUGCUCUCGAAAUCUACCUUAAUCGUCCAGACGCAGUCGCUGGGACCAAUGAGCUAGACGUUGCUGCACUGGAGAAAAUCAAAGUGGCUCUUAGUUUGACAGGCUGGGGAGGAGAUCCAUGCCUUCCCGUCCCACUCUCCUGGGUAUUAUGCAGCCCCGUUACGGCCACAGAAGCUGCCAGAGUAAUUUCAGUGAGAUUGUCAAGAUACAACCUCACUGGCAUCAUACCUGUGGAAUUUGCAGAGUUAACUGCCCUUCAAACCUUAUGGUUGGAUAAUAACAAGCUAGUUGGCAACAUUCCCAAUCUUCAGAAAUUGCAACAGCUGAAGUCAUUGCACCUGAACGACAAUGGUUUGAGUGGCUCCAUUCCUGAUUCCUUAAGCUUCAUUCCAACACUGGAAGAGUUAUUUCUUCAGAAUAACAACUUGACCGGGACAGUCCCUGACGCCUUGAAGAACAAGUCUGGGCUGAACUUGAACAUAAACGGAAACCCUGUAUGUGGGCCUACUUGCUCGAAUCCUGGUCCAGGAUCUAAGUCGAAUGUGGGUCUCAUUGCUGGAGUUGUUGGAGGAGUGGUUGGGGUUCUCGUUGUAGGGGGUAUCUUGCUCUUCUGUUUCUGCAGGAAGCGUCAAACUACCGAGGGCAUGGGACAAAAGUUGCCCAAAUCAAACUCUGAUCCAUAUAAAUCUGGAGGCAAGGGCAAGGGCAAGGGCAAGGGCGGUGUUUCGAACUUCGCCGUUCCGGAUUUGAGUGGAACAAACGGGCAAGGCGCAAAGCCAUUUUCGCACGCAGAGAUAAAAGCCGCCACGUCGAAUUUCAGUACACAGAUUGGAGCGGGAGGAUUCGGUCCAGUGUACUACGGCAAGCUUGCCAAUGGAAGAGAAGUUGCUGUCAAGGUCUCUGACAUGAAUUCUCGUCAAGGGGCAGCUGAAUUCAACAAUGAGGUGCAACUCUUAUCCAGGGUACACCACAGAAACCUUGUUUCACUACUUGGAUAUUGUCAAGAAGACGGAAAACAGAUGCUGGUGUAUGAGUAUUUGCACAAGGGCACCGUCCGUGAGCAUCUCUGGGGGUCUCCGCUGGCUACGAAGGAGCCAUUGGAUUGGAAACAACGCUUGGACGUUUCUCUGAAUGCUGCUCAAGGUCUGGAAUACCUACACACGGGGUGCAGCCCUAUCAUUAUCCAUCGCGACAUCAAGAGUAGCAAUAUUCUACUCACUGACAAAUACGUUGCCAAAGUGGCAGACUUCGGUCUUUCAAGGUUAGGACCGGAAGAAUCAUCUGGAGCCACCCACGUCUCGACUGUGGUGAAAGGGACCGCCGGCUACUUGGAUCCAGAGUUCUGGUCCACAAACCAUCUGUCAGAGAGGAGUGACGUGUUCAGCUUUGGAGUUGUGCUGCUGGAGGUCCUCUGCGGUCGUCAGCCAAUCAACAACGGUCUACCAGACAAGAGCCAGUCGAACAUCGUCGAAUGGGUGAGAAAUUCGCUGCUAGCUGGCGACAUCGAAAGCAUCCUAGACCCCGCCGUGAGAGAUUGCCACCCCAACAUGGACAGUGUGUGGAAAGUGGCGGAACUGGCCAUCCAGUGCGUGGAGCCCCGAGGCAUCCACCGACCGUGGAUGAGGGACGUGGUGAAGGAGCUUCGUGAAGCCAUCGUAUUGGAGGACGGCGAUUCAGGAGCUCUCUCGGAGAUGGACCGGUCCAACAACAUUGGGACGAGCAGUACUCCGGCGCCGUAUAUGGAAGGAAACUCGGACGAUGUAUCCUUGAACUUCGAACAUUACAGAAAGGGUCCUCAGGUCCGAUAGCCUAGAUUCGUCAAUACCUAAGCGUGUGAAAAUUUGUCCAUUGUUCACGCUACUGUAUUGUGUUUGAGAAUGAUGGUGGUUGGAUGCCUUGGAACCUUUGAUGUUUUUUUGGCUUCCUCCUUAAGAUAGGUCCCUGCAUGUGAGGGAGCCAGAUUCUCUAGCUCUUAUCUCUUGCACAAAGCAGUUGAUAUGUACUUAGUCAUUGCUUUUAAUCAAUAUUUUGGAAAACUCACCAAUGAGUUUUUUGAUUAUAAAUAAGGGUUUAGAGUAUCUUUAUUUGAAAUGUAAUGACGUAGAUUAUUUUUUUCAAGGAAUGGUCAAAUAUGAGUCUCAUAGUGAUUGGUGCGGAAACAUUUUAAAAUCACUAUACUUUUAGAAAGAAAGGAAUUUGAAUUUCA